GUUGAGUGAUACUCAUCGUCACUUUAUAAUAUGCAUUUCAAAAUAUUUAUUAGGAAAAGCAACUCCCAAUAAGUAUGCAACCAAAUAUACUUCAGCGUGUAGUAGGUAUUGCCUAGAUUUUAAUAAGUAUUUGGACAAAGUUGGUGACUUUUAGGGGAAUUCGUAAUCUAGAAGUUGGUCCGUGUGUCGAUACGGCUUCCGGCUGACGUGUUUGUCAUUGCUUCGGGGAGAGCAGGCCAGCACUUAAUUUUCAACUCUUGUACAGAAGACAUCUGAUCUCCCGAUCUCCGGUGGCCAUUGCCAGAAUUUACCUUUUAGUUGAAAAAGUUAUAAGAUUAAUUUACGUUGGAGGAAGUUUUUAUUUUGUUUUGGGUUUUGUGAAGAGUUUGAGGAGAAGAGUUUUUGUUUCCAAUACUUUUUUGAAGAGCAAUGGCCACUGGAGAAAAAGGAAAUUAAGUCACCAUUUUUUGUUUUUGUUGGAUAUGGAAUAAGCAAUCAGUUUGGGGUUUCUUUUGGUGUGGAUUGGGAUUUUAUGUUUUUUUGGAAUCAACAUUGAUUUUUACCGGUACUAGUAAGUACCUCCUCAUCGGACCAUCCGUAUUUUGGUUGAGUAUCUCCCCAGGAUUGGAAACCGGAGGAUACCUACCUGGCUCUCCCAUCGUCAACCUCUCAAGGAGUUUGGAGAAGCCUCCGUCCCUACUUUUGUAGAAGCGACAGGUUUUUAUUAUAAAAUAUAUAUUUUCAAUUCUUUUAAAUAACUGCUUGCAAUAUUAAUAUUUUUCCCAAUAAAUUAGAAAUAACCUUAAUAAUCAUAUAAACUCAUUUUUUCUAAAAUCACCAUUUGUAAUAUUCAAUCAUUUUUUUUUCAACAAGUUUUAUCGUUCACUGUUCGUACCACUCAUUUAAAAUAGUCCGGGAAUUAUAAACUAUAUGUUAAGGUGUUGUAUACAAUAUCUACGGUUUUAAUUCCUAUUUAAUAACCUUUAUUUCAGUUCAACAGGUAUGGUACUCAGGGUUAUCACUUAGGUCAGAUACGAGAUUGUCAACCAAUACUAUAACCAAUAUCCAUAAUACAUUUUUGUUUAAGUAAAUAACUUGUGAUUCCCAAUAACUGUCUUGAUCUAACUAAUUAAGUUCUUUGUUUUAAUUUUUAUUGUAAUCUCAUUGUCGACAGGAGCGUACUUUUCUAGUACAACAGGUACUGAUUAGCUAGUUUGUAUAAAAUUGUAUAUAGGGGUUAUAGGUUUUUUCAUUAAAUUUGUUGGUUGUACAUACUUAUAUGUUUUAUUAUCCUACCAUUUUGAGUAAUAUUAGUUAGGUACAGCAAUAUAGGUCACGUGGAGAAGAAUUUAUAAAAUCCUUCCCUGGCGCUCAACACUACUUCUGAAUAUCUUCUGGGUCAGUAGUUCCUUUUUUUUUACAUUUCUUUCCUUAUUUUACUUUAGUUUCUUAACACUCUAGUACUUCAUUAGGUACCGUCUUAUUUCGGGCGUGCAAAUACGGCCUGAUCCUCUCCUGAGUCCACUUGAUACGGUCUCUUAAAUAUCCAGCUAGCCUAUUUCUGUAGAACUUAGUCAUUUAUUAAGCUACCCCAUUCAAACAGAAAAAUCAUACGUUACAAUUGACGCUCGCCAACGUGGAGCCCGAUUUUCAGUAAGACAGUACCUUUCUUUAUUUUGUUGCUUAUUGUAAAUUUUUCUAGUAAGUAUCUUUCUGGUUCAUAGUUGUAUAUUUUGUAAUUAUAUAGAGAUACAUUUUUGAUUCCUUUUGUACGUUAUUUGUAAAAUACACUAGUGCACUUGUAUUGCUGUAUUGGUACUAUUUUAAUUUAUUUAAAAUAAUAAUUGUAAAUCGUGAGUAGGAUAAUAUUUGAAUAGGUAUAUUGGUUGACAUUUCGGUCUGGUCGGUUUGGUGAUACCUGGAUAUUUAUUUUGAAAAAUUUUGAAUGAUUUAUUUUUUUUUGAUAUCUAGGUACAUUACUAUUUCUGAUUUAGGUGCAGCCACAAUAUACUACAGUUAGCUAAAUUUUUGCUUACCAUACCUAUAUAUAAUUUAUAAAGUUUCAUUUUUUUUUAUAUACAUUUUCGUUUAAACAAUUACUUAAAUUAUUUUAAAUAUCUACCCCAAAUAUAUAUCUCGGUUAUAUUUGGUUUGUCGGUUUGUUAGGUCGUUAGUUUAGCAGCUCGUCGGUAGAGCAGCUUGUUUAGUAGAUUGUCGGUUAAUUGGGUCGUUAGUUUGUUGGGUUGGGUUCGGUUUGUCGUUGUUGGGUUGGGUUUAUCGGUACUAAAUUUUUCCUACCACCAUGUGUACCUUUCAGCCAGAGCAUUUAUUAGUUAAGGAGGUAGAUUAUGAGUUGAGGAUAAGAGAAAUAGAGGUUGAAGAAUCCGCUAAAUGUGAUAAAAAACGCAGUCUAUUGCGUGGUGCUCUUAAACAAGAGCAAGGAAAUAGGAGUUUCCGGCAAAUUUCAGCUGCAUCUAUUCCUUUCCUGGAACAACAACAGGGAAUAAAUGAGACAAUUGAGGAUCUUACUCAAAAGAUAUCCAAUUUUAGAGGGACUGUCCAUGAUAGCAUGUAUUCUAGAUACAUUUCACGUCUUGCUCAUAUAUCUGGUCGUAUCCACUUAUUAUGUUGCUCAGAUGAGGAGCAACAACUUUACAAACGCUCUAUGUCCAUUAGGAUUCUCAGUCUAGAAGGUGAACUCGAUUCUCGAGUAAAUCCUCUAGCCACGUCCACUCCUGUUUCUUCGGUUCAAGCCUCUAAUUCCUUGUUACAUCCCAAGCCUGUGCAGGUACAUAAGUGGGGAGUUUCGUUUUCUGGUGAAGGUCAUUAUGACCAUGUAAUUUCAUUUUUAGAUAGGGUAGAAUGUCUUCGUGUUUCGAGAGGUGUGAGUGAGGAAGAUCUUUUUUCGGCUUCUGCCGAAUUAUUUACAGGCCAUGCUUUUACGUGGUUUAUGAACAACCGUGGUAGCUUUACCACUUGGACUGGUUUGGCUCAGAAACUAAAAUCCGAUUUUCUGCCUUAUUCUUUCCAAACUGAUCUCUUAGACGAGAUCAAGAACCGCAAGCAGAAACCUGGAGAAUCAGUGACUAUGUUUAUUAACACUAUGUUGGGUAUGUGUAGUCGUUUAGAUACUCCUUUAACAGAUAAUGCAAAAAUUAAGAUAAUUUUAAAAUGUUUGCUACCUUUUUACCAUGCCCAAUUGGCACUUGUUGAUAUAGCCACUAUCGAAGACCUGACAGAUAAGUGUAAACGGUUAGAAGAAACUCUAUCCUGGUCUUUUCAUCCUCCUACAACAUCUAAUUCUGGUGCUGGAUUUACCUCUCACUCCUCGAGAAAUCGUUCUUGGCAAUCUAGACCCUAUACACCGAAUGUGUCUGUGACUACUCAUUCCUUUUCUUGCUGGAAUUGUCAGUCGAUUGGUCACGCAUUUCGGGAUUGUUCCAGACCCCAAACCCGGAUUUUCUGCCACGGUUGUGGUAAAGAUAACACACUGAAACGAAAUUGUUUUAAGUGUUCGGGAAACGAGCAUGCAGAGGCUCGUACCCUGAGCGUUCCUCAAACAGCAGCCCCAUCAGGGAAUAUGACGCAGCUGUAGACGAAGCUUCAGGUCCA